AUGACAUCAGUGGUACAGUCAGCACCGUCCACAGACGUGCUCGAUCGAGCAAUGAUCAAAGACCUCGAUCAGUGGAUUGAGCAGCUCUACGAGUGUAAACAACUCAGUGAAAAUCAAGUAAAGAUUUUAUGCGAGAAGGCAAAAGAAAUCCUUGAGAAAGAGUCUAAUGUACAAGAAGUACGGUGUCCUGUAACGGUAUGCGGUGAUGUUCAUGGGCAGUUCCACGAUCUCAUGGAACUAUUCAAGAUGGGUGGCAAAAGUCCAGACACGAAUUAUUUGUUUAUGGGAGAUUACGUGGAUCGUGGCUACUACUCUGUCGAGACUGUCAGCCUUCUCGUAUGUUUAAAGAUUCGGUUUAAAGAAAGGGUUACUAUUCUUCGUGGAAAUCACGAAUCGCGACAAAUUACUCAGGUUUACGGGUUCUACGAUGAGUGCCUACGCAAGUAUGGUAAUUCUAAUGUGUGGAAGUAUUUCACGGAUUUAUUCGACUGUUUCCCUCUCACUGCGCUCGUCGAUGGUCAAAUAUUUUGUCUGCAUGGUGGCUUAUCACCUUCUAUUGAUACGCUAGAUCAUAUCAGAGCAUUGGAUCGUAUUCAAGAGGUCCCGCACGAAGGUCCGAUGUGUGAUCUGUUGUGGUCUGAUCCUGACGAUCGAGGUGGAUGGGGUAUCUCCCCUCGUGGUGCUGGAUAUACAUUUGGUCAAGAUAUUUCUGAAACCUUUAACCACACAAACGGUCUCACUCUUAUUUCUCGCGCUCAUCAGCUCGUCAUGGAGGGUUAUAACUGGUGUCAUGAUCGUAAUGUCGUUACCGUAUUUUCUGCACCGAACUAUUGCUAUCGAUGUGGAAACCAAGCUGCUAUGGUAGAACUCGAUGAUGAGUUGAAAUAUUCAUUCUUGCAAUUUGAUCCUGCUCCUAGGCGAGGUGAACCACAUGUCACACGAAGAACGCCGGACUACUUCCUCUAA